AAAUAUCUUUACCAUUUCCCACAAUGGGCUUCCUGUGUUUUAAAUAUAUGCAAGCAAACAUAAGAUCGGGUAUUCCAAGAAAUUCGCGGGGGGUCAAAAACAUUUCUUACAAACACUUCGUUUGUAUGGUAUAAGUGGCAAAAAAUMUGUUUACAGUCUGAACUAUACGUGGAAUUUGAAUUCUCUUCGAUGUAUUGGCGACAGGAAAACCUGAAGCUUGUUUUGACUGAUAGGCACAAGCCAUUGAAGGGCCACCAGGAUCACGAUCGUGCUUGGAUUCUUUCGUAUCGAUUAGGAUGAUGACGAUUUUGGAGAAACAUUUCUAUAUGACAUUCCUAAAAACAUGAUUGGAUACAUCAUUGGACACGGAGGCCGUAGAAUACAGAAACUAAAGGCUGACACGGAAACUUAUAUCACAUCAGAAAGCGGACUGGAUGAUAAGACAUACUUUAUAAUUCAAGGCAAAGCCAAAAACCGRCGCCAGGCGAAAUUGAAAAUUGAAAAUACAGUGGAACUGCUUAGCAGUGGAACAACACAGAUUUACAUUCCUCAGUAUUUGAUUAGUCACGCUAUUGGAAGCGGAGGCAAGACAAAAAACAAAAUUAUGGAGGAGACAAACACUUUUAUCAGAACAGAAACAGUAGAUGAUGAACAAACGUACAUUUUAAUUCAAGGCAAAGAGGAAAACCGYCACCAGGCGAAAWCGAGACUUAAAAUGCAAGCGAGCAAAGGACAGUUGAAGAUUAGAGGACUACAAAUGACCUUUUUCCCUUGUGUUGACGCCCAAGAAGGAACAUUCGUGCUCCAGCCAAUUGAAAGUACUAAUGGAAAUAUUUCGAGGCUUGUUUUAAAGUCAUCAAGUAAUGAGGACAGUACUAGCACCGGAAACUUCAACCGCCUUUAUCAAGAAUUACUAAAUAUCUCGCGGAAAUAUGAAGAUAAAAAAAAUCGUAGCCUUAAUGUCUGGUGUCAUUUUGGAAGAAUCCACAUAYGGAACUGCCCRGAUGGUAUGCAUACAAUGUUUUAAAAUAUAAAACAUUUGCAACAUUCUAGGUUGGUURAAAUAGAGACUUGAAUACAAUGCUUAAGAAGACGCGUACUUUAWUAGCCUUUCCAAAAUUCACUUAUUCACUAUAUUAACUGAGCAACAAUUGUUUWAAAUUUGCAAAAAUGAGAGUGAAAUGRUGUUUUUGUUYGAMACUGUCCAUACAUUGUUUCAUGUUAUUUUUUCGAGUUUCAAACGCCUGCCAAUCUGUAAUUAUUUAUACGCCCAAAAUCYUAGUAUGCCCUUCCUUGUCAUGAGAUCUGCUUCUUGAUUGUUUCGUAAUACAUCAAGUUUGUGACUCGUCAGCAGGAAUUCCAAAGGAGGAAAAAAAGAGUUGCCUAGGGAGGCUAUGUUACACUAUAAAAGUUAUUGUAAAAAUGUGCGCACAUAAAAAGAUUUGUCAAAACAUCAAAAUUCCAACUUCACAUUGUUGACAUGUACAAAUAUUUUUAGUUCAAGGAAAGGAAUACACGUUACCUGAAAUAGAAAGUCAUGUCGUGCCGAAAGAGUAUUUAGCUCCCGAUGAAACUAAAUGGAACUUGAGGUUCUCCAGUGGCUUGAAUGCGACAGAACAAAAACAUACUGGAUUGGACAAAUGGUUUUCUCCAAGAGAACAAACAGGUCCUCGUUAUAGGCGACAUGAAAUGACGUUCUUAACUCCUUCUUGUUUUGAAUUACGCUUAAAGGUUUUCGUUAUACCGGACCAAAAAGCGUCAAAUGAGCAAAAAAGCAGAUACCAAAGUGCUAAAUGUCCUCACGAAAUACACAAUGUGAUAAUGAGCUCUGACUCUCCUCCGUACUUCUACAUCUGCGAGGCCACCUAUAAAACAGCUUUGGUAGACAUCUUUGAGCCUUCAGCACAAGUGGACAUUCGCCUGAUAGCCGAAGCAAGUAAGUCAGUGGUUUCUAA